ACAUGCAAAUUCCCCACAGGGUGGAGAAGUGAGCAGUUCUUUGAGUCUGGCUAGCUGGGGACAAAGAAACAUCCAGCAUCCCCUGAGAAGGUACUGGAGACUACUGUCUGGAUCUGAGCAGAUAACAGUUUGUGAUGGAGCCCUCGCCUCUUGAGCUUCCAGUUGAUGCAGUGCAGCGCAUCGCGGCUGAACUCAAUUGUGACCCAACAGAUGAGAGGGUUGCUCUCCGCUUGGAUGAGGAAGAUAAACUGAGUCAUUUUAGGAACUGUUUUUAUAUCCCCAAAAUGCGGGACCUGCCUUCAAUUGAUCUAUCUUUAGUGAGUGAGGAUGACGAUGCCAUCUAUUUCCUGGGAAAUUCCCUUGGCCUUCAACCAAAAAUGGUUAGGACAUACCUGGAGGAAGAACUAGAUAAGUGGGCCAAGAUUAGUAUGAGUGACACAAAGGCAGGUACAUUACAGAUAGCACACCAUAGCGAGGGCAAUGCCUCACAAACCUUGGAGCUGAAAUCUUGGAGCUAUUUGUACAAUUUGCAGCUCUUUUGUCCUGACAACUAUGACCAAUCUCACUGUGAUAACAGUGAAAUAUGUUUGGCAGAUCUGACUUCUGUUACUACAGAAAACCUCAAGUAUGAUUUUUUUUUUUAUGAUUAUUUUACAGGAGCCCAUGAGAAAGAAAUAGCUCUAAUGAAUGCUUUGACUGUUAAUUUACAUCUCCUGCUGUUAUCAUUCUUUAAGCCUACACCAAAGCGGCACAAAAUUCUUCUAGAAGCCAAAGCCUUCCCUUCUGAUCAUUAUGCUAUUGAGUCACAGAUUCAACUUCACGGACUUGAUGUUGAGAAAAGUAUGCGGAUGUUAAAGCCACGAGAGGGGGAAGAGACCUUAAGGAUGGAGGACAUACUGGAAGUAAUCGAGGAGGAAGGAGACUCGAUUGCCGUGAUCCUGUUCAGUGGGCUGCACUUUUAUACUGGACAGCUGUUCAACAUUCCUGCCAUCACAAAAGCUGGACACACAAAGGGCUGUUUUGUUGGCUUUGACCUAGCACAUGCAGUUGGAAAUGUUGAACUCCGCUUACAUGACUGGGGUGUUGACUUUGCCUGCUGGUGUUCCUAUAAGUAUUUAAAUUCAGGAGCUGGAGGUCUGGCUGGUGCCUUCGUCCAUGAGAAACAUGCUCAUACGGUCAAGCCUGCGCUAGUGGGAUGGUUCGGCCAUGAACUCAGUACAAGAUUUAACAUGGAUAACAAACUACAAUUAAUCCCUGGGGCCAAUGGAUUCCGAAUUUCAAACCCUCCCAUUUUGUUGGUCUGCUCCUUGCACGCCAGUUUAGAGGUCUUUCAGCAAGCGACUAUGACUGCGCUGAGAAGAAAAUCCAUUCUGCUGACAGGUUAUCUGGAAUACAUGCUCAAACAUUACCACAGCAAAGAUAACACCGAAAACAAGGGGCCGAUUGUGAAUAUCAUCACCCCGUCCAGAGCAGAGGAGCGUGGCUGCCAGUUAACACUCACCUUUUCCAUUCCCAAGAAAAGCGUUUUUAAGGAACUAGAAAAAAGAGGAGUCGUUUGUGACAAGCGAGAACCAGACGGCAUCCGUGUGGCCCCUGUUCCUCUCUAUAAUUCUUUCCAUGAUGUUUAUAAGUUCAUCAGACUGCUCACUUCCAUACUCGACUCUUCAGAAAGAAGCUAGCUAUGUUUUCUAGCAUAACUCAAGUAAAUGUCACUGAAAGAAACUAGAAGAUACAUCAGAUCCCCUGAGACUGGAGUUACAGAGCUGCUGUGUGGAUACUAGGAAUUGAACCCAGGUCGUUUGGAAGAAUAGCCAAUGCGCUUAUCCUUUGACACAUCUCUCCAGCCCUUCCACUUCAUAUUUCAAUACUUGAUUUCUCCCCAAACCUGGAACUUGCUCCUUCAGCUCGUGUGGCUGGCCAGUGAAUCUUCAGAGUGUCUCUGUCUUUGCCCUACAAUGAAGGCCGGGUUACAGCUGUACACUGUUGCACAUAGAUUUUUACAUGUCUACUGUGAUCUGAACACAGUCCUUAUAUCAGUUCAGCAACCACUUCAUCGACCGAGCAAUCCCCCAGUCAUUGCUUUUUUGAUGCCACUACUAGUAUGCAUUUAUUGGCAAAGAAUUCUAAAUGUGUAUGCUUUAAGAAAAAGUUAUAAUGAUUUGAUAAACUUGAAUAAAACAUACUCAGUCAGACAGAAACUUCUGAUGUGAUAAAUGAUAAGAUAUGAAACUCUGGCAGUAGCUAACAACAAACACAGCACUCUUGUUUACUUAGGAAUUCAAUUCUGAGUGUUGCACACAUAUCUUUGUUAACGUAGCAAAGCUUUCCACUGCAUUAUUUCACCUUCAUUAAUGAAGUGGCUCUCAGGACCUGGAACCUCAUCAGUAACACAGAUUCCUACAUGAGACUGUUUUUGAGUCUCACAGUGGUCAAAAAAAGGACAUGGUUUCCAUUUUCAAGGAACGGAGUACCCUGGAGCCAUUCUUCAUGCAAAAAUAUAAAAAUAAAAUAAAUAGUUAAUUA